UUAGUUAUGCGUGAUAUUCAAACAUUGAGUUAUGGAAGGAAAAAAGGCCUGAAAACAGUUUCCAUCAUCCUGCCACGUGAAUCUCAGACAGUCCUCCUCAUUUUAAAAACGCCCUGCACGCGUGUCUGGGUUCAUUCGCGCGCUCUCACCAUCAGCUUUCAUUCAUACAGUAUUAUUUAUCAUCAGUGGUUGUGCUCUCUCGCGCGUGCAUUCACUGUUACUCUCCUCACUCAUGAAUAUUUCUCAGAGUAGUGCGGGUCUCGGCACCGUGCUGCCUCUUACUAGUUUCGAGAACAUCCUUUUUUUUCUCUUCAGUAUAACUCUCGCCACAGCCAUCAUUUGUAUCAACGUGUCCGUGUUUGUGUCCAUCGUGAUGAACAGAUCCCUGCGCAGCGAGAACCGCUUCAUGUACAUGCUCAGCACGUGUCUCAGUGACUUUUGCACGGGCGUCUCCUAUUAUUAUGUUGGAGUUAUGGAUGUACGCGAUUAUUAUGACUCACCGACUCGAACUUUCUACAUUGUUCCCAUUUUCUUGGGUCUGUCCUAUAUGGCGAUUCUGGCCGCGCAGGCGGACCGCUACCACGCGGUCUCAGCGCCUUUCAAAUACUCGCAGCGCAUGACGCGGAACAGAACCCUGCUGGUGAUUCUGGCCUACUGGCUUCAAGCUUUUCUCAUAGUGGCUGUUCAAAAUUUGGUGCCUGUGGAGGUUGCUAAAAGAGUGACAGGCUUUGGUGCUUUGGCGACGAACAUUUCCACCGUCAUUAUCAUGAUUGGGUUGAACGUCAGGCUGUUCUUCAUCGCCAGAUUUCAGCUGGAACGCGAACCCCCGAGCGAGGAACGCGACAACAAGCGCGCGUCCAUUUAUCUCAUCAUAAUAGUGGCCGGGUGUUUUCUGAUCGCGUGGUUGCCUCUUUUUCUUCAUGCAAUUGUGUGUAAUAUCGCGGGGUUUACGUGUUAUACGGUCAGAAAUGAGGGCACAGACCCCCUGCGCAUUCUUCCACGGGUGAAUGCAGCUCUGACCCCUUUAUUGUAUAUCAGGGGCUGUUCAGCAUUAAAGAGCACACUACUUAGUAAAGUCUGGAGAAUUGCAAGCUGCAAGAGGAAAGGGUAAACUCUAACUUUCUCUCUUGCACACAUUGAUGAAAUAUUGAUCUUAAUGUAAUUACCCUGUCCUUAAUCUACUCCGUUAUGAAAGAUUGCUAUAUUAAUUCAAAACAAGAAUAUAAUUAUGUCCAGCCUUUUUUAUUCAUUGACGUGACAUUGUAGCAAAAAUGUCAGUGCUCUUAUACAACAGUUAUUAGCUGAAUACUUUAAUAAAUGACAAUUUACAUUGAACAUUAAGAAAUACACAAAGAAGUAAAACACAAAACAGAAUCAGAAAAUAGACCAAGUUCCAGUUCAAUACAUCUUCACAGUCCUCUAUGAUGCCUUUAAGUCCAUCUUUAUGUGUGUAUUAUGUGGAGAUGUUUGUAUGUGAGCAUAAAAUUGUGAGACGAGACAGCAUCUGAAAUACAUAAUCUGUGUUUAGAGUUACAGUGUUUCUUUUACAUUUGUAAAACAAUUAAGUUUAUGCAGGGCAAAAGUUGCAAAAAAAUGGACAGUAGUGAGCCCUCCACAAUGUUAAAAGGAAAAAGUAAUAAAGUCUUAGCAUAGCUUUAAUGUUUUUUUUUUUUUUUUUGUGACUGGGUAUGUUUAUUCAUAAACCCAAGUAAUAAUUAAAAAAUAUAUAUAACAAUAUGGAUCAUAAAUUCUUACUAGAGAAGAUCCUCAAAGGAGCUGGUCACACACUGUUAAACUAAAAUGAGAAAGACAUGAUUAAUAGAAAAACAGUUACAAUAUAUAGAGAUUUUAAGAAAGAAAUGUAUACAUUGAGAGUGUGUUGGCAGUCUAGUUGGAUGGUUGAGCUCCAGAUAAUCAGUAAUAAGGUGGCUUUGACAGACAGAUUAAAAAAAAAAAAAUGGAGUAAUAAAGAACCCUAAAAAAAAGAAGAAAAAAAUCAGUCAAAGUGUUGGUUUGAGUGAGACGUCUUAAGUGUUUAAAAUAGUUCUUUUAAGGAAAUAAUGCAUUUACAAAUUUACAAAGAGGGUAAAAAAAGUCUGAACACCUUUGCUUUCCGGUAGAGGUUAGGCACACAAGCAAUGUCACAUUUAAAAGGACAAUAAAUAUCUGCAAAGCUUUUUUCUUUCUCAGUGUGAACCCUCUGACUUUGUCUAUGUCUAUUCAAGAUGUGAUUUCACAAGCCAAGGAAAUAAAGGAAAUUAUUAAAAUGAUUAGAAUCUCACUUUAACAUUUGCUUCGUGAUGGUUUCUGAAAUCACAAUAAAGUUGAUUUAAUUUUCUGAGAAAUGGAACUCUUGCUGUGAAUAAUGUAUCAA